AUAAACGUGCACAGAUGAUAAAAAGCAGGGAGUCGAGUCGUCAAAUUCAAUUCAAUCAUUUGUUGUACUUGUGCACAAUAGUUUGUAUUCCUGGGUACUGGCAGCCUGUGGAUCUUCGUGAACUCUUCUUGUAAUCCAUGUUCGCUACCUGAAAGGUAAUAUAAAGAUGGCAACAGGAAAGAAUGGAGUUGCGUCCAGCGUUAGUGCUGGUGCCAUUAUAGAAAAUGGUAUGGUCGCUGCCACCAGCCUAGGAGUAGAUCUGUCCAAGCCGCGAUGGUCCCAAGAGACAUAUGCUGGCCGGGCCAGGCACUUCAUCACUAUCACAAACCCAUUGAACGUUCUGGCAACAGGAUCACAGUUGGAGGAAGCACGCACACUAGUCAAGCAGUAUGAAUCAGGACAGGUUCCUGCUGGCACGACAGCGAACAGGAUGUGGGGAGCUAAGCACUUGUAUGACUCAGCAUAUCAUCCCGACACUGGCGAGAAGAUGUUGAUCUUUGGCCGUAUGUCGGCUCAAGUACCUUGCAACAUGGCCAUCACCGGAGCUAUGUUGACCUUCUACAAGACUAUUCCAGCCACUGUGUUCUGGCAAUGGGCCAACCAGACAUUUAAUGCUCUGGUGAACUACACGAAUCGGAACGGAGAAAGUAUGAGCACGCAAAAACUUGCAACUGCAUAUUGUGCUGCAACGGGUACAGCAACAGCAACAGCAUUGUUUUUCAACUACUUGUCCAAGCGUGCACCGCCAAUGGCUGUUCGGUUUGUCCCAGCUGUGGCAGUAUGUGCGGCCAACAGUGUCAACAUUCCUCUAAUGAGAAUCGAUGAGCUUCAGGAAGGAAUCGAAGUCGUAAAUGCCGAUGGACAAGUUGUUGGCAAGUCAAAGGUUGCUGCCACCAAGGCUAUUCCACAAGUCAUUAUGGCAAGAAUCUCGAUGGCAAUGCCUCCAAUGUUGACGGCACCGUUCCUUAUGAGAUAUAUGGAGCAGAAAGCCAUGAUCAAGAAAUCACCUUGGCUUCUUGCUCCGAUUCAAAUCCUUUAUGUCGGAUUCUGCCUGACAUUCACCACACCACUGUGCUGUGCCAUCUUCCCACAACGGAGCUCUGUUCGACUAGAGCAAAUCACCGGUGAUGUGGAUGCAUAUCGACGUGGCUUGGAGCUAGGAAUGAAUGGAAAGGACAAGCUCUUCUUCAACAAGGGACUGUGAAGAAGCAACGAAAAAGCCGUCUCUGCUUGGCUGUUCUCCAUUUUCUCAGUGCAAGUUAGCAUGAUGUACCAGCCACAGUCGCUUCCUGUGUAUGUGUGUGGACAGUUUGUGGUUGCAGUCAGACCUUGGCCACAAUCGACCUCAUAAUCCUUAUUUCGGAAGGCAUGUGCUGCGUGUAUCAAGAAAUCGGACACGACUGUUCAUUUGUUGACACAGACGCCAUGUUGUAGACUAUUGCUCAAACAGUUCCCAGCUCUGCAUUGUCUUGUCAGUGUAUACAAUGGUGAUUCUAGUACAAGUAAUGGCAUCAUGCUGGACAAUAGCCAUGUGCUGUUAGAAGCAGCAGCAGAAGCAGCAUAGGAACACACGUUAUUAAAUUUUGUAAUUGAUAAAACAACACAUCCCAGUAUAGGCGUGUACUCGUACACCACCAGUCCAUAGACCUAGGAGCAAGCGAAUGAGAAUCAUCAUAGACAAACAGUCUUAUUGAAUAUCGGGUGCUGCACCCGGCAUACUAUAAUUUUUGUUGACAGCUGUUGUUCAUCAAUUCACUACAUAAAACCUUCUUCAUACGUUGUAUGUAUGGCGACUGAUCGAUGGGAGGUCUGCGUCUCUUGUUCUGCCAAUUAUUAGGAUUAUUGUGUUUUGGGUGUUGGCCUUCAACUCUGCUGUCCUUGUCGACAUUGUUAUAACUUAUUGUAACCCUCGCGAUCUCAUCUGGUCUUGCUGGUAGUAAGUCGUAACUCCAAUAUUUUUCUUCUAAUUUGAAAAUCAUAAUAUCCAAAUUGA